AUGGCUCAUCAGUGUACUAAAGUAUCUCAGCUUCAAAAUCAUGGCAAGGAAAUGCUGAUAGUCACGAGUGGAGCCGUCGCAUUCGGGAAACAGAAACUGAAAGCUGAGAUGAGGAUGUCAAUGUCAAUGAGAGAAACUCUAUCGCCGAAAGGGAGCAGAUUUCAGGCAGUAACUGGAAGGGCAGAGCCGCGAGCCGCAGCUGCAGUAGGUCAAAGUGGACUAAUGGCUCUUUAUGAUGUUAUGUUUUCGCAGUAUGGUGUCAACAUUGCACAGGUGCUUGUUACUAAGCCAGAUUUUUAUAACCCUGAUAGCCGUUUCAACCUGAAGAGCACAGUCCAAGAACUUUUGGGAUUAAACAUAAUACCAAUAGUAAAUACCAACGACACCGUUGUCCCACCAGAUCCCCCCCAGGACUACACAGCUUCUGGAGCUAAAUACGAUGAAACCGGGCAAGUAAUGAACAUCAAAGACAACGAUAGCCUUGCUGCUCACUUAGCAGCUGAAGUUGAAGCUGAUCUGCUGAUUUUGAUGUCAGAUGUUGAUGGAAUUUAUACUUUGCCUCCAGGACAAGAUGGAGCACGUCUCCUUCACAACUACUGUCCAUCACUAAAUGGUAACAUCAUGUUUGGAGAAAAGUCAGGUGUUGGUUUGGGAGGCAUGGAAUCCAAGGUUCGUGCUGCAAGUUGGGCCCUCGAGCGUGGAGUUGCUGUUGUCAUUUGUAACGGGACCGCCGAGCAAGCUGUCGGGCGUAUCAUUCAAGGAAGAAGAAUUGGAACUUUCUUCACGGAUCAUAAGAGCCUCACCGUUUCUGUAGAGACACACGCUGCAAAUGCCAGAAAAGGUGGAAGAAGACUACAAGAAAUAUCUGGAGAACAAAGAGCCGAAAUUAUUUUGACCCUCGCUGACCUUCUUCAAAAUCGCAAAGACCAAAUUUUGGCUGCAAAUAUGAAAGAUAUCCGAAUAGCUGAAGAUACAGGUUAG